GUGGCGCUGCUGUGCCGACCAGUAGUGACAAGAUGGCGACGCCCAGUGAACUGUCUAUCGAAGAGAUUCGCGAAUAUUUAUUGGAAAAUGGGGGCACUGCUCGUAAUCACGAUCUGGUGAAGCACUUCAAGAAGUUCCUAACGGAUCCGGAAACACAAGUCGAGGCACGAAAUCGGUUCAAGGAGUAUGUAAACACCCUGGCUACUAUAAAGAACGAAGAGGGUGAAAGAUAUUUGGUUCUGAAGAAGAAGUAUCGUCUAAAUUCUCUGCAACUGGCGCCUCCGGAUCAAAACGGAUCAGCUAUUUCCACUGCCGAUAUAUCUACCCCGGUUUCUCCGUUACGAGUCCCGCCACCCUACCGGUCCCCACCUCCCGCACCCCUCAGUCCGCCGGCGAAUAAUAAUACGAACGCACAUCGCGAGGAGUCGUGCUCGAAUUUCUCCCGCGAAGAAGUCGCUAUCAGUGCGCAGAAAAAUGGCGUUGAUCAUCAAGUCGAGACCGGAUUUUCAACAUCGUCACCUCCCGUACCGCCACGCCGUAAAAGUCAAGAUAAGAUCAAGAUCGAGAAUAAGGAGAACGUGGACAAGAAUAAGGGAGGAUCGGAGGCUGUUAUCAAGGAAGAUGAGGCCGUCGCGACGAAUCCGGGCUCAACCGAGCAAUUAAGCUUCCGCGAACGGAUGCAACGUUUCAACCGGAUGGCUAGCGAAACCGAUCUCCAAGGCAGGCCUAACGGCACUAUCACACCUACUAAAAAGCGAUCUGACAAGGGCGCCGACGAAGAUGACAGCGCUUCCGUUGCCUCGCAACUGGACGGGAAGUCACGGGAGUGGUUGGUCAGAGCGGCGCAAGGGGAUUAUCAGGCAUUGGCGAAAUUGGCCACGGAAGAACCUCGCCUCACCCGACUCAAGGAUCCAACGUCCGGCACGGCGUUGCACUGGGCGGCCAAGCACGGCGACGAGAACAUCGUGAAGCUGAUCGCCGGUACCUACAAGGAUUAUAUCAAGAGCGUCAAUGAGACUUCGAACGGGGGAUACACGCCGUUGCACAUCGCGAUGCAGUUCGGUCACGAGAAUAUCUUCAAUCUGUUGGUUCAGGUGUACGGUGCGAACCAAGAGGUACGCGACUACAGCGGAAAGAAGGCCAGACAAUACUUGGUCUCCCAGGAGGCCGCUGUCAGUCAGGACACCUUCCGCAAAAUAAAAGCAAGGAAAAAGCAUGCAGAGAAAGAUCUUGGUUUCCUGCGUAUUGGCUCGCUGAACGUACGCGUGAAACGUACGACGGAAGCGUUCAGCCAGUUCCUGGGUGUGGCAACUAGCAGCAGCGCCAGCAGCAACCACGAGAAGAUACACAAGAGCUGGGGAUCGGCGGAUAAUGUGCAGUUGGAGCAGAAGAUGAUGCCACCGCCCAAGUACGCGCCCAUCAAGAAGAGAAGAAGCCGACGAGCGCAGGAUUUUGGAUCGUCGCGAGAUCAUCAGGCUGCCAGUCAACCAAGCACUCCGCUCCUUCAGGGCAAGGCUUCUCGGUCGAGUCAAUCGAUGCAUCGUCGACCGAUCUCCACGACAGCCGUCAGUUCCGCCGCGCCCAAGACGCAGCAGAACAACGACUCGGACUCGGAUACCGCGUGUGGUUUCGACUCCGCGUGGAGAGGAUCCGCGCAACUCUAGGAGAAACAUUUCGUCGCGAAACAUUCCUUCUUUGGUAUGGCGAAAGCCCGAGGCUCUACUGAAUCACCGUGUACCUUGCCUUCUGGUCUUUUAAAGUAACAAUUUUUAUCUAUCUAUGUCUCCCUCUCUCUCUUGUUCUCCGAUUAAUCGAUCGAAUUGUAAUUACCGAGGCGUACUAUGUUCGAAAGAAGACUGAGAACAAAUUGCUUGUGAAAAGAAUAACGAUGGUGGUAAUUGACGAGCUUAAAUAUUGGACGAGCUUGGAGUAACUUUUCGUGGAUCGUGGAAGAAUAUGGCAGGCACGAGUUUGAAUGAUAUUCGGAGCUGCGAAAGUAUAAAAUCAGGAAAAAGAUCACUCGCCCGAUCGAUUCGCCCUAAUUUGAUACGACAGGGCUUUUAAAGGAAUUAAUUUUUAAAGAUAACUGCCGUGAUGAUUUCCCGAUGAUAUUUUCUUCAGUUACAGAAACGAUCUACUUUUUAAUAUAAUUAUUAUCGUAGAGUAUGUAAGUGCCUUAAUUUAAUACCUGGAAGCAAUGCUUUAGGUUUAUCGAUGCAUUCUUUGCACAAAAGCCAAAUCAGCGUGUAUCUGUCGUAAUUGUGGUAACGAGAUUACGAUUCUUUCAUACAGGGUGUAUUGCGCACAAUUUUUUGUGAAAUACUUUUAUCAAUUAAGAAUGUGAAUACAAUCGAUGUACGUAAAUCGUAGUGAAUAGAAAUUGCAAUAUCGUCCGUGUUCUCGUAUUGUCGAUGAAUAUAUUAAAUAUUUGAUCGUAGAUUUUCUAAAUGAAUUGUAUAAAUAUUUGUUUGGAAUAACAAUAAAUAAUAACUUGACUAAU